AUGCCCACAAUCAAUGCUCGCUUCCGCACAUCGCAAACCUACGAAAGUUGCUCCCACCUAGCUCACCGUUUUGAUGAUUUGGGCUCACUGGGCGAUCUCAGCAGCAAUUCAGGCAAAGCCGACCCUGCAUGGCGCACGACCGACCGGUCGCCAAGGGUGGCAGGUAGCAUGCCAGGACAUGGACGAGACGGGGGAGCCGUGAAUGGGAUCGGGGCUCCCAUGGAUCGUCCGUGCGUGCUCUUGGGGAUCUCCCGGUGUCGUCCCGCAGGGGCAGAGGACACCCCUUGUACAGCUCCGGUGGACUUGUACAGACCGUUUGAAGGAGCGUGGACGGCCCAAGUCUUCCACAAAGCCUCGGUGUUCUGGUCCGAAGGUUGGUUUCUUGCAGCUGCAACACUGCGAUGCACGGUUGCAUACGGUUGCGAUCGGACUUGA